AUGGUGUCUUGUAUCGGCAGAAAUGCUGCUCUAUUGCUGGCUAUCGGAUUUUCUACAUUAGUUUCUGCGACCUCGGUAUUGGCAACUAUCUCGCCAUGUCCAUCUUGUCCUUCCGACGUGAUGCCUGCCGCUAUCACUGUCACUGAGCAGUAUCAGCCAGUCUCAACUUGCACACCUUCAAAUUCACGUAACAACACUGUUCCAUCCUGCUCCAGCUACGAUUUUGUUUCUACUGUAAUCACUGUCAUGGACGGAAAUACUAGCAUGACAGUCACCAAAACCGAUCAAAUCUUGCAGCUAUCUCAUCUCUCAACUGUCAUUACAUCCUCGGUUCCUUGCCCAACAGUUGCGCCAAAACGGGGUCAAAACGGAACUACUUCCGUCUUAGCCUGCAUGAAUACCCAAAUCCAAACUAUGGUAAUCGAUGCUUCAUGUCCGUUCAACCAGAUCGGACCUCUGGGAAUCCAAGGCUACUCAGGAAGCGGACUUUGUCAAGCAUGUGCAGAAGACUUAAAUGGAUCACAACAUCAGCAAGUCAAUGUGGUGAAGUGCUUGAAUGGAAAUUGCUCCACUUACGUUGAGACUUGGGUGUCGACAAAGCCAGCUUCGACCUCAACUUCGGCGGUUCCAUUUUCGUCAACAACAUAUUGUUCUUCUCAGGGGGUCUACACUAUUCCCAUGACCACGGUUUAUACUCCUUCAGGACAAGGGUUUACAGCACCUAUCACAUCAACAUUCGUCGUGACAACUUCAGUACCAAGUCCCCAGACAGUUAGAAUUACCAAGACGAUCACUUUCACACUCGUUGGAAAUGCACCGAUUAUCAGUGGAUCCUCAUAUAUUUCGUCGGCUCAGGUCUCGACAACUGCUUCUUGCCCAACGAACGGUCAAUACACGAUCCCAAUCACCAAGACUUUCACAGCGAUCAACCCAGCCUUCACGGCCCCCAUAACUACGACUAUUUUCUACAAGACCACCGUCACUAAUGCCCCGACGAAUAUCGAUUGUACGACUGUAGUUACGGUGAUUUUCACACAAAUUGCAGUAUCUCCAACCCUGACUCCUGUGAGCGGAACAACUAUUGCUCCAAAAGCCCCAUUUUUGAACUCGACUUUAACUUCGUGGGGCUCCACUGAAGCUUUAGCACCGAAAUCUUCGUCAGCAUCCAUGACUGCAAGUAUAUCCCCCAGCGGUAGCCGAGCCACUCCAAUUAGCAAUUGCGAGUAUGUGGGUUGCUACAGUUCCACAGCAGGCGUCCCAGACUUCUCUCUCACUGCAUCUACAGGUGCCAUGACCAUCGAGCUCUGCGAAUCAGAAUGCAUUGCAUCUGGCGAGCCAUACUCAGGCCUGUACCAAGGCGAUUGCUUUUGCGCGUCGACUCUCGGCUCUUCUGAGGAAGCCGGCGAAUCCUGCAACCUCCCGUGUCUAGGCAACAAAGCUGAGAUGUGUGGUGGUUACUUUAUGGGUGCUAGAAUUCGCGGUCGUGUAUCUGGAGGCAACAGGCUGUAUGAUGUAUACUCAUGCCCUGUUCUAACCUCUACCUCAACAAUGUCAGACGAAACAUCAAGCACCAGUUCGGCGUCAACACCUGAUCCGUCGUCUGAUGAGGACCAAGAGAUCCAGAAGCGAGAUUUAGAUGCGGAUUUGGAGAUCAUGGGUACCAAGAAGCGUGUGGAGCGUAAGAUUCGGAGUGGAGGCGUGUUGAGGAGCUUGAAUAAGGUCGAGAAAGGCAAUGUGCUUGCCAAAAAGGACUUUGGAAUGAAGAAGCUAUUUGGAAUGUAG